AUGGUGGAGCUGCGAAAUGAGGAUCCAAGUUCCUUCCAGAACUUCAUGAGGAUGUCUCCAGCCAUGUUUGAUGAAUUGGUAAACAGGCUAACUCCAAGACUCACCAGGCCAAGUACCAACUACAGAACAAACUUGCAGCCUGGACUCAAGUUGGCAGUUACCCUGCGGCACUUGGCCUCUGGAACCAAAUACAGGGACAUGGCGUAUGGCUGGAGAUUGCCACACAACACCAUCAGCAAAGUUGUGAGAGAAGUAUGUCAGGCUAUAUUGGAUGAGUACCUGGAUGAGCAGUUCACAUGCCCUAGCACUGAAGAAGGAUGGCGCCAACUAUCCAAUGAAUGGAUGCACAUAUGGAACUUCCCCCACACCAUUGGCGCCAUCGAUGGCAAGCAUGUCGCAUGCAAAGCUCCCCCCAAAACAGGCUCUGAAUACUACAACUAUAAGGGCUUCUUCAGCAUCAUAUUGUUAACCAUGGUCAGUUCAGACUAUAAGUUCCUGUGGGCAGACGUGUCUGGGAAUGGUUCAGCAUCAGAUGCCCAGAUGUUCAACCACAGUGAGCUGAAGGAAGGCCUUGAGAAUAACAACAUCACGGGUUGGCCACGUCCUGACCCCCUUCCCAAUGACACACAAGAUGUUCCCUACUUCAUCGUGGGUGAUGACGCUUUCUCCCUGAGGACAUACCUAAUGAAGCCUUACAGUGCCAAAAGAAUGACCAGGAAGGAGCGCAUCUACAACUACAGGUUGUCAAGGGCCAGGAGAGUGGUGGAGAAUGCUUUUGGAAUUCUGGUGAACAGAUUUCAGGUCAUGCUCACUACCAUGCAGCACCAUGCAGACACAGUCAGGCUCAUCGUGAAGGCAUGCAUGAUCCUCCACAACCUGAUGCGUAGUCGCUACCCUAUGCUGCAGAACCAGCUGCUUGACCGGGAGCUCUCAAAUGGAGAUAUGGAGCCAGGAGCGUGGAGAAUGGGACAGAACCUGAUAGACACCGUGGAUGUGCAAGCACCAAACAGAGAUUCCAAAGAGGGAAAGAAGCAGCGAAACCUACUGAAGCACUGGUGCAACUCCCCAGCUGGUGCCGUUUCAUGGCAGGAUGGGAUGGUGGAUGUCUAA